AUGAAAGUUGAAGGGGUGAGAUACAAAAUGAAAGCGGGUAAAACAGAUGAUAUCAAGUACGAAGAGAGUUUCAUAAAGAACACUCGAGGAUUGAAGUUGUUCACGUGCAAAUGGUUACCAACAAACCAAGAGCCAAGGGCUUUAGUUUUCCUUUGCCAUGGAUACGGCAUGGAAUGCAGCAUCACCAUGAACAGUACUGCUAGGAGGCUUGUGAAGGCUGGAUUUGGGGUAUAUGGAAUGGAUUAUGAAGGACAUGGCAAAUCCGAUGGCCUCAGCGGUUAUAUCCCAAACUUUGACCACCUCGUUGCUGAUGUCUCAACUCACUAUACAACUAUUUGUGAGAGGGAAGAGAACAAAAGGAAGAUGAGGUUUAUGUUAGGAGAAUCAAUGGGAGGAGCAGUGGUUUUGUUGCUAAGCAGGAAGAAACCUGAUUUUUGGGAUGGAGCUCUCUUGGUCGCACCAAUGUGUAAGAUUGCAGAAAAAUUGAAGCCAAGUCCCUUUGUGAUUUCGAUAUUAACGAAGCUUAUCUACGUUAUUCCCAAAUGGAAAAUUAUUCCUACUCAAGAUAUCAUCGAUAUUUCAUAUAAAGAGCCAGAAAUAAGAAAACAGGUUAGAGAAAAUCCUUUAUGUUACAAAGGACGACCACGCUUGAAAACUGCGUAUGAACUCUUACGGAUCAGCAACGAUUUGGAGAAGAAACUUCAAGAGGCAACUGAAACAGAGAACAUCAAGUACGAAGAGAGUUUCAUUAACAACACUCGAGGAAUGAAGUUAUUCACGUGCAAGUGGUUACCAGCAAAUCAAGAACCAAAGGCUUUAAUCUUCAUCUGCCAUGGAUAUGCAAUGGAAUGCAGCAUCACCAUGAACAGUACUGCGAGAAGGCUUGUGAAUGCAGGAUAUGGGGUGUAUGGGAUGGACUAUGAAGGACAUGGUAAAUCUGAUGGGCUUAGUGCUUAUGUCUCAAACUUCGACCAUCUCGUUGAUGAUGUCUCUGCCCACUACACAUCCAUUUGCGAGAGAGAAGAGAAUAAAAGGAAGAUGAGGUUUUUGCUGGGAGAAUCAAUGGGUGGGGCUGUGCUUUUGUUGUUACACAGAAAGAAGCCUGAGUUUUGGGAUGGGGCCGUCUUGGUUGCUCCAAUGUGUAAGAUCGCAGAAGAAAUGAAACCAAGUCCUUUGGUAAUUUCGAUAUUGUCGAAACUUAGUGGAGUUGUUCCCACGUGGAAAAUUAUCUCUGGCCAAGAUAUCAUUGAGACUGCUUUCAAGCAGCCAGAAGUCAGGAAACAGGUCAGAGAAAACCCUUACUGCUACAAAGGUCGUCCACGCUUGAAGACUGCUUACGAGCUCUUGAGGAUUAGCACCGAUCUCGAGAAGAGACUGGAUGAGGUUUCAUUACCGUUUAUGGUAUUGCACGGUGAAGAUGAUAAAGUCACGGACAAAGCGGUAAGUGGACAACUCUAUAAAGUUGCGUCGAGUUCGGACAAAACUUUCAAACUGUAUCCUGGGAUGUGGCAUGGUUUACUCUAUGGCGAGACACCAGAGAACAUAGAGAUCGUUUUUGCUGACAUCAUUGGCUGGUUGGACAAGAGAGCUUCUGAUGGACAUGGAGGGGUUGAGUCUGGACUCAAACUUAAAGAAGAUGGUGUCGCUUUGAAAGAAUAGCUCUUUUCUUGAAUGCUAUUAACUAUUGUAAUGCUUUUUGUACACACUGCAACAUAUCUUUGUAAGUGCAGUGACAUUUAUGAACCACAU